UUCAAUCUGUAGGAAAAAAGUCACUUCAUUCAUCAGCUGAUUUCCUUGAAAUCUUUCUCAACAUCUGAUAUGGAUGCACAGCACAAUUUUUAAUUGUACAUCACGCAGGGGGAGAACAGGCUUUGUGAAACAGAUUGACUGCAGACAGUCUGUGACGAUGGCUCUGGACUGUGAUUUUGGGGUGAAGAGCAGCAGCAGCAGCAUCAUCAGGGAAUGGAGUGGACAGGUCCAGCCUGCUCUGGUGGCCUCCUUCAUCUUCCUCUUCUGUCUGGAAGCCUGUCUGUGGGUCAGGAACCUCAGGCUCAAGAGACGACUGCCGGGACCCUUCGCCUGGCCCGUGGUGGGCAACGUCAUGCAGCUGGGCCAGAUGCCUCACAUCACCUUCGCCAAGCUCGCCAAAAAAUACGGUAAUGUGUACCAGAUCCGGCUGGGCUGCAGCGACAUUGUGGUUCUGAAUGGAGACAGGGCGAUACGUGAGGCGCUGAUCCAGCACAGCAAAGAGUUUUCAGGCAGACCAAACUUUGCCUCCUUCCAGAUGAUCUCUGGAGGCAGGAGCUUGACUUUCAGUAAUUACAGCAAACAGUGGAAAGUGCACCAAAAAAUCGCUCAGUCAAGUCUGAGAGCCUUUUCCUCUGCAAACAGCAAGACCAAGAAAGACUUUGAGCAGCACGUUACAGCCGAGGCCAUGGAGCUGGUGCAGGUAUUCCUGCAGCAAAGCACUGAUGGACAGUAUUUUGACCCUGCUCAUGAAUUCACAGUUGCUGCCGCAAAUGUGAUGUGCGCUCUCUGUUUCGGGAAGCGAUAUGGGCACGAGGAUAUCGAGUUCAGGACCCUGUUGAAGCGGUUGGACAAGUUUGGAGAGACGGUUGGAGCAGGGAGCUUAGUCGAUGUUAUGCCCUGGCUUCAGUCAUUUCCUAACCCAGUCCGUAGUGUCUAUGAAAACUUCAAGAACCUCAAUGAGGAGUUCUAUGGCUUUGUGAAAGAUAAAGUGAUGCAACACAGAAAGUCCUUCAACCCCGAAGUGACCCGGGACAUGAGUGAUGUAAUUAUCAAUGCCAUUGAAAAUGGGAAGGACAGAGGCCUGACCAAAGAGUUUGUUGAAGCUACAGUGACAGAUGUCAUUGGAGCAGGUCAAGACACUGUAUCAACACUUAUGCAGUGGACUCUCCUGCUCUUGGUCAAGCACCCAGACAUCCAAGACAAGCUGCACGACCUCCUCGACAAAGUGGUCGGCAAAGACAGGCUGCCGUCCAUCCAUGACAGAGACAGGCUCGCCUACCUGGACGCCUUCAUCUACGAGACCAUGCGUUUCACCAGCUUCGUCCCCGUCACCAUUCCACACUCCACCACCUCUGAUGUCGCCAUUGAAGGUUUCCACAUUCCUAAAGAUACGGUGGUUUUCAUCAACCAAUGGUCUGUCAACCACGACCCUCACAAGUGGAAGGACCCUCACAUUUUCUACCCUGCACGCUUCCUUGAUGAAAACGGCUUGCUGGAUAAAGAUGCCACCAACAGCAUGAUGAUUUUUUCAGCAGGUAAAAGGCGAUGUAUCGGCAACCAGAUCACCAAGGUGGAAGCGUUUCUGUUCACAGCCAUCUUGCUGCAUCAGUGUAGGUUUGAGAGCAACCCGUCCAAGCCGGUCAGUCUCAGCUGCUCCUAUGGACUGACACUGAAACCGCUCCAGUCCAGCAUCAGCGCUAAGCUGAGGGGGAAGCUGCUCACUUUAGUUUCUCCGGCAUGAAAACCCCAAAACUGUGACUCCAAACCAGCAAUCCCUACCCCCACCUGUGACACUGAACAGUGAGUAUCAGCAAGUUUGCAUUAAGACCUGAUGUUGGAAGAGUUUCAUAUUUAAUGAAGAUGUUUGAUCAGCAUGUGUUGGAGUUAGAUGUGAAUAUUUAAUCUACUGCAGGUAGAGUGUAAAAUGAAAUUUCUGAUUAAAAAAUCUAUACUUGA